AUGUAUGAUCGUAGUCGCCGAGGCUCAAGCCCUUCAGUAGGGCACCACUACCAAGAUUAUACGGGAUCCUCGAAUGGUUAUCAAAACACAUCUGCACUUUCUAGCCAUUAUCAGAGCCAAGUGGAUAGUUCACACUAUAUACACAGUGAUAACAAUCCAGCUAUGACAUUUAAACAGUUUAUGAUGAACCAAAGUGACAACUUAUCACCAAGUGAACUCUUGGAUAUGUAUGAUAAAUAUCGGACAAAACAUGUGCAGAAAUACCAGCAACAGUAUUUAGAAAAUCACAAGUCUUUUGUAUUUAUUUUGGAAAGAUUCCAUCCUAUAUGGUUAAGGAAAGUAAUAGAUGAACGGCAAACAUUGGUAGAGAGACGUUUUAAUAUCUUUAAGGAUAAACUAGUUUCAGGAGAAUUGAAUAAUAUUGACAGAUCAGUAGACAAGUUAGAGUUCUCUUCAGUUCAGAUAAUUCAUAAUAAUACAUGUGCUGAUGUAAUAUUCACGAAUCCUCUAAAAGAUCGAGAGACUUGGAAUAUUUUGGGGAAAUGUCCGUUAUUCUCUACAGAUAUAGGGAUGUAUCUUCUAGUUUUAAGUGAUGUCCCCAUAAAUAUAUCAUUACUGGACAUUUUAAAUUUCUUGAAUAAUGACUUUCCUCAAAUUGGUGGUGGCACAGGUACGUGUCCUGGACUUAUAGAUGCAAGUCUAUCUACUCCUCGUUAUAUUCGUGGAGUAUUGAAUAGAUCUUGUUAUUUGCUAUUUGAUAGUAUGUGUAAUCGGAACACUGCAAUGGAAUUGUUGAAAGGUAAGACAAUUAAAGCUAGUGUAACUACUGAGAGUAUUGGGAGACAGUAUAAUAAAGAUAUAUACCCAGAUAAUAAUAAUGAGUUAAACGAUGAAGAACAAUUCUCCAACUUGAAUAAAUCUGCAAUUUAUGUUAUUCAAAUGAAGACUUGGGAGCUAAACACGACUUUAAGAUAUGGAAUUCUACCCAAAUUAUUUUCUAGCAAAGAGCAACUAAAUAGAGACUCCAAGUAUUUGUGGAAAAUAAUAGAUAAAUUUGAUUCAGACCAGAAUCUAUUCAAUGGAUUGAGGUGGGUACUUGAGAAUUUAUAUAAUGAAACAAUAUUCACAAUUGAACAGACAGUUGAUAUUCAAACACUUUAUCUACGAUUUGUCCAUGGUUUUGAUUAUUAUUCUCUUAUAACACCUAAUGUUUUCCAAUUUGGACCAUUUACAUAUUCACAACCUGAUCAAGAUCUUUAUUCCAAUAAGCUAAACCAAAAAGAUGACAAUCUUGUAGAUGGAGAUAUUUCUACACAAUAUGGAGUCUCCCAUUCUACUUCUGACUUGAACACGAAGAACUGUCUCUCUGAAUAUAUAAAUUACCUGAUAUUUACAAGAAGCUAUUUUGAACUAGCUGCAAGAAAUAAAUAUCGUGGUGGCUGGAUUAGAUCUUCAUCAGAAGGCAAUGGAGUUGAUAUUAAACAAACAACAGAUGACUUGGAGAUAUCCAAGAUAUUAAAGUACCUUGAAUAUAACGUUGACCGAAUAGUUAGAGCUGCACCACUAAUUAACAUGAUUGAAAAACCAAUAAUGGAUGAUGAUGAUCAGCUGAGUACACUGUGGUCUAGGUACUGUGAACAGCAUACGUUAAGAAAAAAAGCUGAUAGAUGGCAAUGUGGAAAGUGUCUUAAACAGUUUAAAGGUGAGCACUUUGUCCAUAAACACUUAGCUAAGAAGCACCGUGAUAGCUUAGAGACUAUUCGUGAAGAGAUAACAUUUGAUAGAAUAAUCAAGCCACUAUAUGAAAAAUUUUCUUUUUUGAUAAAUCCAAGUAAUUUAGAUGACUUUAAUGUAAAUCACAGUAGCCACAGAAGGGUAUACUAUCACCACGGAGGCUCUGGACAUAAACAAAGACACAAUAGGUUUCAGAAAUCCGCACCAUAUGAAAGACGACCUUACAGGGAUUGGGACUUACCUAAACAAACUCUAACCCUAAACUUCAAUACGUCGAGUCAGUCAAGUGAUCUGAGAGCUUCUAUUAAAUAUGAUGAUCUUUAG